AACAUGGUUCAACUUAUGGUGGAAAUCCAUUAGGUUGUGCGGUAGCGAUAGCAGCAUUAGAAGUAAUUAAAGAGGAAAACCUGGUAGAAAGAUCUGCUACGUUGGGCGAAAAAUUUCGUCAAGCUUUACGUAAAAUUGAUUCGCCACUUAUUCAAACAGUGCGAGGCCGAGGGCUAUUAAAUGCCCUGGUGAUCGAUGAGACCAAGUCCAAUAAAACGGCUUGGCAAAUUUGUCUAUUACUUAAAUCUCGAGGAUUAUUGGCCAAACCGACCCACCAGAAUAUUAUUCGUUUGGCACCAACAUUAAAUAUUACUGAAGAAGAACUCAUGGAAGGGGUUAAAAUUAUAGAGAAUUCGUUAUACGAUAUCGUUAAAAUGAAAGAUGAAGAUAUUCCGGGGUAUUUGGAAGAUUUGAAAUUACAGG